CGAGCGAGCGGGGUGGAGGCGGGGUGGGGGUUGAAGCUCCAUCAAUCCGAUUAAGAGGAGCCGGGAUCGCCAGCUAAUCAAAAGGCAUCAAACACCCAGGAAGGCAUCAGAGGGGGUCGGCAAGCAGGUGUCGAUGGUUUGAAAAAUGCCCAGGGAGGGAGAGCUCUCCGGGUUGACGUCCAAACCAAAACAGGGCUGGCCGUGAGCGCAGUGUGUUUUCAGAGGCAUGAGUGGAAAUGAUUCAGAUGGCCGUGCCAUUGAGGGAUCUGCUUCAGACAAAGUCAAUACAACGGAGGUCAUCUUAGUUCCUUUUUCACAGGCAGAAGAAAAAGAAGAAAAAGAAACCAUACCUAUUGCACCUGAAGCUUUGGAUUCCUGCCCGCUUUGCCUAAAGCGCCCGGCCGGCUCCCACCAUGGCCAAACCAAGCCGCGAUCUCGAGUUAGCUCGCUUGGUCCCCGACCAGCAGCUCGGUCCUCCGAAGGCCUCUCCUGGUCCUCCCGGCCCGGCUGAGCAUUUGCCCAACGUACCCAGCUACCACUAUGCCGCUGCCUCCCGCAUCCCUGUCCUUGUCUCCAGAAAGGCAAAGGCGGGUGUGACGAACCCCGUUUAUGGGAAGGAGAAUGUGCCCUUCUCUCACACCCAGGGACAGCCACCAGCUCCUGUGAGCGCCCAGACGGUGGGUCCAAAGAUCAGCUCUCCCUGGCUCGCCGUCCCGGCCCUCCGUGCUCCGCCUUCCACACGAAACAAGCCUGAAACCCUCGCGGUCCCGGUCAGGCCAAGAGCUCCCGAGAGGCAGAAAUGGGGCUUCCCAGAGGAGAAGGCAGAAGAGCUGAGCCUCCCGUCCCCGGGCGCUUCUCCUGUCAACGCCUGGCUUGAACCAUCCAACCCCCUGAGGCUAGAGCCGCCUUCGCUGGCAGAACGCAGCGUCUCCAGGGUGAGUCAAAACAGCGACGUGAUCAAUGACCGCCUGCAGGAACUGGUGCGGCUGUUUAAGGACCGAACGGAGAAAGUCAAAGAGAAAUUGGUGGAUCCGGACCUCUCCUCUGAUGAAGAAACCCCCGUGGCCACACCUUCCAAAGAGAAACCUCCGGAAGAAGAAAACAAAGACGUGGAGAAAGAUGAAGAGGAACGAUCCUGUGAAAUGUUUUGUUGCAAAUUUAAGCGCCGGCCUUUGGUGUGUCAUGUGAAGAAAUACCAGUUCCCCAGCAGCAUUGACCCUCUCACCAAUCUGAUGUACGUGUUCUGGCUGUUCAUUGUGGUGCUGGCCUGGAACUGGAACUGCUGGCUGAUCCCCGUUCGCUGGGCUUUCCCGUAUCAGACUCCCAGAAAUGUCCUCUAUUGGAUGGCCGUCGAUUACCUCUGUGACGCCAUUUACAUUCUGGACAUGGCGCUCUUCCAGGUCCGCCUGCAGUUUGUGGAAAGAGGAGAUGUCAUAACUGACAAAAAAGCCAUGAGGAAGAACUACCUGAGGUCACGUCGCUUCAAGAUGGACGUGGUCUGCCUUCUUCCGCUGGAUUUUCUCUACUUCAAAGUCGGCGUCCAUUCUCUCCUACGGUUGCCUCGCUGUUUGAAGUACCUGGCCUUCUUUGAGUUCAACAGUCGGCUUGAAGCGAUUCUCAGCAAGGCCUAUGUUUACAGAGUGAUCCGGAUCACCGCUUACUUGCUCUUCAGCUUACAUGUGAACUGCUGCCUCUAUUACUGGGCCUCUACCUUCCAGGGAUUGGGCUCUACCACGUGGGUGUAUGAUGGAGAAGGAAACAGCUACGUCCGCUGCUAUUACUGGGCUGUCAAGACCUUAAUAACAAUCGGAGGACUUCCUGAUCCGCAGACCCUCUUUGAGAUUGUCUUUCAACUCCUCAAUUACUUCACGGGCGUCUUUGCUUUCUCUGUCAUGAUAGGCCAGAUGAGAGAUGUUGUUGGUGCUGCCACGGCUGGACAGACGUACUACAGGACCUGUAUGGACCAGACGGUCAAAUAUAUGACUUUUUACAGGAUCCCCCAUUCUGUUCAGAACCGAGUCAAGACCUGGUACGAGUACACGUGGCAUUCCCAAGGCAUGCUUGACGAGUCAGAGCUGCUGAUGCAGCUGCCGGAGAAGAUGAAACUGGACAUAGCUGUGGAUGUCAAUUACGACAUCGUCAGCAAGGUGCCGCUCUUCCAGGCAGGGCACCGGCAAAUGAUUUUCGACAUGCUGAAGAGGCUCCGCUCGGUUGUGUACUUACCUAACGACUAUGUGUGCCAAAAGGGAGAAAUCGGCCGAGAAAUGUACAUCAUUCAAGUGGGAGAGGUCAAGGUGCUCGGAGGACCCGAUGGCAAGACCGUGCUGGUCACUUUGAAAGCUGGAUCGGUGUUUGGAGAAAUAAGCUUGCUGGCCGUGGGAGGCGGGAACCGGCGCACCGCCAAUGUCGUGGCCCAUGGGUUUACUAACCUUUUCAUCCUGGAAAAGAAGGAUUUGAAUGAGAUUUUAGUGCAUUAUCCAGAGUCUCAGAAGCUGCUACGGAAGAAAGCCAGGAGAAUGCUCAAAAACCACAGCAAGCUGAAAGAUGGCAAAGGCGUCCCGCUCAUCAUCCCUCCAAAGGCGGGGACCCCGAAACUCUUUCAAGCCGCCUUACUUGCAGCCGGAAAGAUGGGAGGAAAAGGGCGCCUGGCUCACCUCCGGUGGAAGCUGAAAGAGCUGAAAGCCAUGCAGGCCACCAACGCCAGCCCAGUGCCACCGAGGUCCCUCGUCAGCCGGGGUUCUCCGAAUGGCACCCCCAAACCGGAUGACAGCAGCGCGGAGAAGGGCCUCCCAGACAGUUCCGAUCACUCUGUCCGGGUUCGCAUGAGCUCGGCAUCCGAAGGGGGUGAGGAGAUUCUCUCGGUGGAGGUUUUCGAGAAGGAGAACGCCAAGUGAAAAAAGGCAGAUGGUCAGGGCCAUCAUCACCUACGAACAGGAAUGGCCCCUGAGGGACAGGGGAGCACCCCACUUUGGCUGUUUAAAGGUUCCAAAAGUUUGGCAUAUUCUGCUAGCGGAGACCAAUAAACAGCUGCAAAAGGAUCACUUAAAAAGAGGAAAUUAAAUUUCCGAGAGGCUCUCUGUCUUUGCAUAAGGCAAUAGUGGCUUUUAACCCUCUAAACGGUCAGUGAACAUUAAUUUGCCUAAAGCAUUCACAGCCAGUAUUUGCCUUGUAAUAUUAUAUGCAGUUUUAGCAACCAGUUUUAGGAAUCAGCUCUUUCCCCCCCAAAAAAAUUCAAGAGAAGAAACCACAGGUUUAGGCAGGCAACCAACAGGUCAAGCAGUCUCAGCUGUAAGAGGCAACGCCAUAAUCUCCCUGGGAACCUGCCAUCCAGAGGCUGGGAGGCUGAGAGUAUUUCAAACAUUCGCAAGAAGGUAUGGUAUGCUUUCAUGUCCAAGUCUGGUUCCACAGUCCACCGGCAUGGCAGAUGGUCAGAUUCUGCACCUGUUGGAUGUAUUCUAAUCUGCUGGAAGUCCAAGAUCAGUGGCUGCCUCCCAGUAGCUUGCUGUUGCUUUGAAUACAACUUCACCCUAAUAAAUGGCAUUAUUUCUG